CGGGGCUGCUCUUGGGCCGUCCCCCCCCUCCCCUCCUUGUUCCGGAAGCCGGUGCCCGGCUACAGGUGCUGGAAAUGGCGGCCGGUGACUGCGAUGUGGCGAUGGCUCCGGAGCCCGGCGCGAUGUCGGAGGCGGACAUGGAAAGAGAAGCUGAAUUAUUUAAAGAGCAAGGAAAUUCAUUUUACGCAAAGAAGGACUACAACGAAGCAUAUAAUUAUUAUACAAAAGCAAUAGAUAUCUGCCCUAAAAGUGCCAGUUACUAUGGCAACCGAGCAGCUACACUUAUGAUGAUGGGUAAGCUCCGGGAGGCCCUUGAAGAUGCACAGCAGGCUGUGAGACUUGAUGAAACUUUUGUGAGGGGUCACCUGCGAGAGGGGAAAUGUCAUCUUUCCUUGGGAAAUGCCAUGGCUGCCGGCCGGUGUUUUCAAAAAGUUUUGGAACUGGAAUGUGACAACAGUCAGGCAGUCACUGAGUUGAAGAGUGCAGAAGCAGUAUUGGAGUAUGAAAGAAUAGCUGAAAUUGACUUUGAAAAAGGUGAUUUCAGAAAGGUUGUAUUUUGUAUGGAUCGUGCCCUUGAGUUUGCUCCUGGCUGUCACCGCUUCAAAAUCCUUAAAGCCGAAUGUUUGGCAUUACUUGGUCGCUAUCCUGAUGCCCAAUCAGUCGCAAGUGAUAUUUUGCGCAUGGAUUCAACUAACGCUGAUGCUUUGUACGUGCGGGGACUUUGCCUUUACUAUGAGGACUGUAUUGAAAAGGCUGUGCAAUUUUUUGUCCAUGCUUUAAAAAUGGCACCUGAUCACGAAAAGGCUCGACUUGCAUGCAGGAACGCUAAAGCUCUACGAGCAAAGAAGGAAGAAGGAAACAGGGCUUUUAAAGACGGUUUUUUUGACAAGGCAUUUGAACUUUACACAGAAGCUCUGAAAAUAGAUCCAAAUAACAUCAAAACGAAUGCUAAAUUGUACUGUAAUCGGGGCACAGUAGGCUCCAAGCUCAAUAAGAUGCAGCAAGCAAUAGAAGACUGCACGAAUGCAAUAAAACUUGACGACUCGUAUAUCAAGGCGUACAUGAGACGGGCACAGUGUUAUAUGGAUACAGAACAAUAUGAAGAAGCUGUAAGAGACUAUGAGAAAAUUUACCAGACAGAAAAAACAAAAGAACACAAGCAGCUCCUUAAGAAUGCUCAACUUGAACUGAAAAAGAGCAAACGAAAAGAUUAUUACAAAAUUCUUGGUGUUGACAAAACUGCUUCAGAAGAUGAAAUUAAGAAAGCCUACAGGAAGCGGGCAUUGAUGCAUCACCCAGAUAGACAUAGUAGUGCCAGUCCAGAAGUACAGAAAGAAGAAGAAAAGAAAUUCAAAGAAGUAGGAGAAGCAUUCAGUAUACUGUCAGAUCAAAAAAAGAAAGCACGUUACGAUACCGGUCAGGAUUUGGACGAUGACGGCAUGAACUCGGGCGAUUUCGAUGCUAAUAAUAUUUUCAAGGCAUUUUUCGGUAGCCCGAGUGGUUUUAGUUUUGAAGCGUCUGGUCCUGGGAAUUUUUUCUUCCAGUUUGGCUAAUGCACAACUUUUUUUGUUCAAUGUCACUGGGUGUAACUCAAGCAAAAAUAAAUCAAUACCCAUGUU